AUGGGAGUCCCAACGUUUUACCGUUGGCUCUGUAACAGAUACCCACGUGUGCCCAAGGACGUAAUAGAUAACUAUAAUGAAAGGAAUCUGGACCUUUCAGACGAAGACGCAAUAGGACUGGAAUUACUCAAAGAUAACCCAAAUGGAGAAUUUGAUAAUUUGUACCUGGACAUGAACGGAAUAAUCCACCCGUGCUGUCACCCAGAGAACAUGGAACAACCUCAGACUGAAGAGUUGAUGUUCAACUGCAUAUUGGACUACCUGGACCGAAUAUUCUUCAUGGUCAGGCCUAGGAAACUAAUAUAUCUGGCCAUAGGUAAUGUAAACCAUGAUAUAAUAAUAUUUAUAGAUGGAGUGGCACCAAGAGCAAAGAUAAACCAACAGAGAAGUAGACGCUUUAAAUCAGCAGCGUUGGCUGAUUUAGAGGACGAAACUUACGAUACUUUAAUUAAGGAUUACGAAAAAAGGUACGGAAAGACCAAUUUAAUAGUAAGGAAAAGCAAGUGGGACAGUAACGUGAUAACGCCAGGAACGGAGUUCAUGUAUAAGUUGUCUGAGAAGUUAAUCGAGUACAUUGAGGAUAGGAUUGAAAAGUAUGACGCUUGGAAGAUAAUAGUGGUUAUAUUCUCAGAUAGUAACGUACCAGGAGAAGGAGAACACAAAAUCAUGAAGUUCAUUAGAAACCAAAGACACUGCCCUGAUUAUGACCCAAACACUAGGCAUGUACUUCACGGAAUGGAUGCGGACCUUAUAAUGCUAGGGCUUGCUACACAUGAACCUAACUUCUUUAUACUAAGAGAAAUUGUUACAUUCUUUAGUAAUCCCACCACAAAUAACUCGGAAAAGGCUAUUGCCAACACAAUUGAUACUGUUUCAAAGACUCAAAACACUACCCAAAGUAGUGGAGACGUGGAAAAAUACAUGAAGAUGAUGAGAGAAAACUGGAAACCAUUACAAUUUUUGCAGUUGCCAGUGUUGAGAGAGUAUCUUUCGCACCAGCUAAGGUUCCCACUGGGAUUUGAGAAUGGAGAAAUGGUCGACUUUGAACGUUGCAUAGACGAUUUGGUCCUGAUGAUUUUCUUUUGCGGGAAUGAUUUCUUGCCGAACCUGCCCUCAAUUUCAAUUACAGGAGGUUCAAUAGACCAGAUGCUGCUGCUGUACCAAAAAAUCCUGCCAACACUGGAGGACUAUUUGUCAGAUGAGGGAAGGUUAAACUUUCAUACGAUAACCCAAUUCUUUGAGCUGCUUUCUAAAAUCGAAGAUGAAACAUUUAAAAACAUCCACGAAUUUAAAAUUAAAUCACAAAAUCGCAGACAAAAUGAUGAUUCGAACAGCAAGGUAACAAAUGAUAGUGGUGGAAACAGCGAAGCAAACAGUUCAGAUAAGGGUGGGGAGGAACGAAUAGAGGAUAAGUUUAUGAAGGAGUUAAAGGAGAAGAUGAAUUCGUCUAACGUUAAGGAUGACGUAAAACUCCCAGUGGAUGUGACUUUGAAUGACCCAAAGCUUUGGAAAGAGGCAUAUUAUAGAGAAAAGUUUAAUUUGGGUGAUAAAACCCCAGAGGAAAUUGAGAAGUUUGUACAAAAACUGUCUUUCGAUUACAUUAAGGGGAUUUGUUGGGUGUUACAGUACUAUUACCAGGGUUGUCCAUCAUGGUCAUGGUACUAUAGAUAUCACUAUUCGCCCUUUUGCUCGGAUUUAAAUUUCUCUGGAAUACAAUCACCUGAAGAUUAUAGUUGUGAAUCUGUUAAAGAUGACGAAUCAAAUUUAAAGAGAAGACACAACACUUUGGAGACGGGUGUAAAAAUGAUAAAGUUCGAUUUAGAUGUACCACUAACACCAUUCCAGCAAUUAAUGGGUGUUAUGCCAAUUAGGAGUAGCCACUGCAUACCAGAGAAACUUAGGACUCUAAUGACAGACGUUGAUUCACCCUUGAGGGAAUUCUAUCCAACCAAGUUUAGAGAAGACCCGAACGGUAAGAGGUACAAGUACCAAUGGGUGGCUCUUCUUCCAUUUAUAGAUGAAAAAAAACUUCUUAAGCAUGUUAAACCAAUUGAAGAUGAGCUGUCAGAGGAAGAAAAGGUUAGGAACAGGACGUCAAAUAAUCUAAUUAAAAUACCUAAAUCUAGAAGACAAAAAUUUCUAAAUAAUGUUAACACGAUUGUUGGAAAGGAUACGGAUAGGCCUAAUAGUGUAUUUGAGCAGUUUGUAUGUGAGACUAGUAAGAAACAUAGGAGUGUUCUAUUACCUGGAGCUAAGAUACCGCCAAGAGUUCUUACAGUUCAAGACUUAAUGGAGGAGCAAAGGAACAGAGGAUUCAACUGUGAAGUAGCAAAGAGAAUGAUACUCAAUAUGUUAUCAUCAAGAAAGGAUCCUUAUAGCAAAGAUCCGCACGGCCAAGUACUUUCUGAUACUCAGAGGGAUUUUCAUCAGUAUACCAACAAAUAUACACCAAAUCAUUAUUCUCCAACACAGUAUCCACAAUAUAAUCAUGGACAAUACCCUCCAAAUGACUACAACCAAUACAAUCAACCAUACAAAUACCAUCAUAAUAAUCCUAAUCAAUAUAACACACAUAAUCAACCUAGUCAGUAUCAUCAAUACAAUGCUAAUUAUGCCAAUAACACUUAUGACCCUUAUAACCCUAGAUAUGCAAAUGAACAACCUGAAUAUUCAAGACCAAACUAUCACCAAGAUAGACAAUACCACCAUGGAAGAUCAAAUCAAGAUAGACCAUAUUAUCGAGAUAGAGAUAAUCAGGAUAGAAGCAGGUUUAACGGUGGAUAUAAAAGAUCCUACAACGAGAAAUAUUAUUAA